CAUCAUAUUAUUAUGCUAGACAAGGUGCAGUGAUUUUUCAUACAUCUAAUACCAUCAAUUGAACCCCUGGGGAUCAUGCUCUCUCAACAACAUAGUGAGCCGUACUCUUGCUGUGACCGCCAUCUGAGUGUUUCAAUAACCAGGUCAUAAUCUCUGCUCCCCACAUAUGUACCGACGGCUGGCUUGGUCUUGGGCACUUGGCUGUGUUCCCGGAAUAACUUUCCUACGGGUCGGGUGAGAGAAACACCUUUAUUACACAGCGUUUCCCCUGUUUCAACUUUGCAACAUGCUGGUGCACAUACAUAACGCACGAUGCGUUGCAAUCACCAAAUUAUACUCAAGAAUGCCGAAACUACAUCAUAUGCGGAAUAUGUAGCCGCUCAUUGCUCAGUAGGUAUUAUUAGAACUUUGGCUGGCGCAAGCAGCGGUAUUGCCUCCAGCAUAGUGACAUGCCCGCUGGAUGUGGUUAAAACAAGGCUGCAAGCUCAAGGUGGCUUUCGACAUAAGUCGAUUUCCACAAACAUACCGUUCGCAAGUCGAGGCCUACUUGGCGUGGGCCACGCAGUUUGGCAUGAGAAGGGUCUGAAGGGGAUGUACCAGGGACUGGGCCCAACUCUCCUAGGGCAUGUACCUAGAUGGGCUAUCUUUUUCAGUACCUACCACCGAAGCCGUGAAAUAUUUCAUGCAUACCUCGAGAGCCAAUGGGUCUCUUCCCUAAUGGCCUCAGCGACAGCGGGCACUUGUUCUAUAGUUGCUACUAUCCCAAUUCAAUUUAUCAAGACCAGACUAAUGUCUCAGACCAACACAUCUAGUCAGACAUAUGCGAUGCCGAAGUGGCAGUACAAGUCGGCAUUUGAUGCAGCUCAGCAAAUUUAUCGCAAUGAGGGCAUAUUAGCCUUCUAUUCAGGUUUAACACCGGCCCUUCUCGGCCUAUCGCAGCUUGCAAUCCAAUUUCCUCUUUACGAGACGCUAAAGAGAGGACUAACAGGGUCAGGGCUUGGUGAAAUCAAAGACUGCCAAAAUAAAACCUCGGGGAUUAUAGCCGCCGGAUUCCUGAGUAAGAUAGUUUCCACGUCUUUGGCGUACCCUCACGAAGUUAUCCGAACACGGCUUCAAACCCAGCAGAUUUUGAAAUCUUCUACACCGUUAUACCAACGGUAUACAGGGAUUGUGCAAACCGCCCGAACUAUUUGGUUGGAAGAGGGGUGGCAUGCUUUAUAUGCAGGCUUCGGGACAAAUUUGAUGCGAGCUGUACCAGCCUCGAUAGCCACCAUGUUGGUCUACGAGAAUAUGCUCAGUAAAUUAACUGAGCUUAAAGCCAAUGGGGAAAGGAAAUUGGGUUGGUAAAGCUGUGUCAAGUAACAAUUUGCACUGAGGCGGUGCUACCUGGCCACACCCUAUACAGCUAACCAACCUAUGCUACUAUUUUUAGCAGUUAGUACGGUGCAACAAGGACAUUGCUGUUUCCAAGUACAGCAAUACCAUGCUGACUGCCCUACCGAACGUAGCACAUACGGGAAGUGUUUCUGAACUUUCAUACGAGCUAGACUCCGU